AAGAGUUUAUAAGUGCCCGGUAGUUGGCGUCUGACUUGUCGUUGAGUUGUAUUACGACACAAAUCUUGGUUAAAGACGGUGGCGGCUCAUAUCGGAGACUUUGGAACUAAUUUCCAUAACGGGUCUAAUCUUCCGGACUUAUAAUAAAGGACUAUUUAUGCAGAUCACAAAACCCGUUACUUACGUCUGGAACAAAAAAUAUUGACAAAUCACAGUCGAUUUUCGAAUGUAAGAAGAAUAACCAACUGUGAUUGGUCAAUUCUCUUGCUAUGUAUGGCUACAACUAAAAAUUUCUUAUGUGCAACGGCAGUGAUAAGAUACUUGAAUGCAGUGAUAAGAGCACCUCGAACGCAAUGAUAAGAUAGUUCCACGGAAAUACCCGAGGAAGUUGGGUGUGUUUUGCGCGCGAAUCGUAGAGCCUUUAUUGUUGAACUGCAUAUUUGUUUGUUAAGUCGUUCCGCCUCGGCAGAACAUGUAUAAACUUAUUUCUCCGUAAUUAAGUGAAAAUGAUAUUGAAGCUUUUUAGGAUCAUCUACUGACCACUAACCUAACCACAUACUGAGACAGAGCGCGCCAACAUCCUUGUAAAUUCGUUCAGAAUACAGGCCCUAAUAUCUCGGACAAUUUGUUACGUGACUGGACAUUAGAGAUAACAGGAGAACAUACUGAUUCAUUCUGCGAAGGAAUUGAUAUAUGAGAAAAUGGGGAAGCAGAUUCAGACAUUUGUAUUCUUUGAUUUAGAGACAAUUGGAUUUAUUGAGGGAACAGUUAUGCCUAAAAUUACAGAAAUGGCUUUAGUUGCUGUUGACAGAAAGUCUGUAUAUAAGAACGGGCAGAAUUCUUUGCCCAGGGUUUUGCAUAAACUAAUACUUCCCAUUAAUCCAAAGAAAAUGAUGCCAGUAAGAGUAGAAUAUUUGACAAAAUUAUAUAAUGACGACAUGCAGCUGCUGCAGCCGUUUGAAGUUGGAACUUACGAAUUGAUAAUACACUUUCUGAGUCGUCUUAAACCGCCAAUUGGUUUUGUGGCACAUAAUGGUGAUGCAUUUGACUACCCGAUACUUCUGUCGGAAUUAAGUUGCAUAAAUAAAACUCUUGACGAUGCAGUUCUGUGCAUCGACACAUAUAAGAUGUUCAGAGAUUAUUUUAAUGGAAUAUCAAACAAUAAUAUACCACACAAAUGUACUUUAAAUUGUACUUUAAAUGCGGCAGAAAUUGAAGCUUUGUUCGACGAUGGAUACAAUGAGUUGUUGUUUGCAGUACUAGAUUCUGUGAUGAUGGAGAAGAAAACUGUAGUCCAAAAUGAAGCCUCGACGUCUUCUUUGCAAAGAUAUCCUCACGAUAUCGAUAUUUUAAUUGAUGCGUUACACGAUGAUACAUGCGAGGAACGUAAUGCUGUUGGCGAUGGUUUGGAAAACCGUGAGAAACGCGAGAACGAUCACAGAACACCGACGAGACAGAAAGCAAAGCGGCAAAAUGCCGCGGAUAAGCCCUCCAAGAAAAACGGCCACAGGAGGAGGCUGGAUUUCAAUUGCAAAGGAACGAGCCCCGUCAAUCUUAAGCUCUGCAGUAUUUAUGAACACAUGUUUGAAUCAAAUUUUGAUUCACAUUCAGCCGAGGCCGACUGCAUCGCGAUGCUCCGUUGCGUUACUCAGGUCGCCGAUUAUUUCCUCAGAUGGUCGGACGAGAACGCAUUUCCACUGGUUCGCUGUGAUAGAGCACAGCAAUCUUUUUAAUCAAAAUUAUAGAGAAGAACAAGUCGAGAGAUAAAUAAUGUGAUAUGAUUGUUAUUUUUAUAUAAGACUAUAUCUUAAUACGACAUCUAUUAAGGUAUGCAAGACUGGUGCAUGAAAUUGCAAAUGUUAAUCUCUUGUGGACAAAUUUUAUAUUUUAACAAUAUUUCUAUCACACUUGUUCAUAUUAUUUACUGGUAAAGGUUUAAGUUUUAACGUCCUUUGUUAAUAUUCUUUAUUGAUAAAGAUGAUUUUAUAUAGCAGAAGUGCAAUAAAUGCAUGUGUGAAGGCACUUAUCCAUUGAAACAGCAUUUAUGUAUUGCAAUCUUUUAACAUGAUAUUCCAAGCUGGAAUCGAAGGAAUUAAUAAAUGUGAUGUUUUAAGGAUGAAA